AGCUCGAAUGCCCAAAUUCUAGGUUUUUGCAAACCCUAAUGUCUCACAUUUUAAUCGAAACAUAAGGAAUAUUUCUCAAAUUCUAUGUUUUGAUUUGCGGAUUUGGGUGGAAUGGCGCCGACGCUGACUGCGGGAGCGAUAUCGGCGGUGGAAGCGGGGGAUUUGGAGCUGAGGCCGGUGGUGCAGGUGGUGGAGGUGAAGCCUAUUCAGAGCACGCAGGAGAGGUACCGGGUCGUCUUCUCGGAUGGUGCCGCAACGGGGCAGGUGAUGCUGGCGACGCAGCUUAAUGGAUUGGUGAAGGACGGCAAGCUGCGGAGAGGCUCGGUUGUCCAGCUCUUGGAGUACAUCGCCAGCACCAUCCAGAGCCGCAGGAUCAUUGUUGUUCUUAACAUGGAAAUUCUAAUCAUGGAGUGUGAAAUUAUUGGCAAUCCAAAGCUGUCUGCUAAUUUGAUAUCUCAAAAGGUCUUAUCUUCUGAUAAUUCUGGAUAUCCAAGAGCUCAAUCAAUCAAUGGGGCUUCCGGUUCUGUUAGAAAUAACCAGAAUUCCAUGAUAAAUGGUAAGAAUGCCCCGACUUUUAAUCCAACAGCACAACCUUCUUACAAGCCUCCUCCUAGUUACAAGAACCAUGGAGCCAUUAUGAAAAAUGAGGCUCCUCCACGAAUAAUCCCGAUAUCGGCCUUGAAUCCUUAUCAAGGACGUUGGGCUAUCAAAGCGAGGGUGACUGCAAAAGGUGAUCUUAGGCGUUAUAACAAUGCGAAGGGAGAUGGGAAAGUCUUCUCAUUUGAUCUUCUUGAUUCUGAUGGAGGGGAGAUUCGGGCUACAUGUUUCAAUUCUGUUGUUGAUAGGUUCUAUGAUGUUGUUGAGGCUGGUAAAGUGUUUAUGAUAUCAAAGGGGAGUUUGAAACCUGCACAAAAGAAUUUCAAUCACCUCAACAAUCAAUGGGAGAUAUUCUUGGAGGCAACCUCUGUUGUGGAACUGUGUCAAGAUGAAGACAAUUCCAUACCAACACAACAGUUCAAUUUCAAACUGAUCAGUGAUGUUGAGAAUGUGGAGAACAACUCAAUUGUCGACAUAAUUGGUAUUGUGGUGUCUGUUAACCCAUCGGUGACCAUAUUGAGGAAGAAUGGCAUGGAGACUCAGAGGAGGAUUUUGAAUUUGAAGGAUGCUUCAGGUCGAAGUGUUGAGGUGACACUAUGGGGUGAGUUUUGUAAUAGGGAAGGUAGAGAACUACAAGAAAUGUUUGAUUCCAGCGCUUUUCCUGUUUUAGCUGUCAAGGCAGGAAAGGUUAAUGACUUUAGUGGCAAGUCAGUUGGGACAAUUUCUUCAACGCAACUCUUUAUAAAUCCAAAUAUUGCUGAAGCUCAGAACUUGAGAGAUUGGUUUGAUAGAGAGGGAAAGACUGCCACUUCCCUGUCUAUAUCCAACGAUGUCAUGCCAGGUUUUCAUAGGAAUGAGGUACGGAAAACAGUGGCACAGAUCAAAGAUGAGGGACUCGGAAGAGGAGAUAAACCUGACUGGAUCACCAUCAAAGCUACUAUAUCAUUUAUAAAGACAGACAAUUUCUGUUAUACUGCUUGCCCUUUGAUGAUUGGGGAUCGAAAAUGUAGUAAGAAAGUGACAAAGCAGGGAAAUGGGAGAUGGUGCUGUGAUAGGUGUGAUAGGGAACUUGAAGAAUGUGAUUAUCGGUAUCUUCUUCAGGCACAGGUGCAAGACCACACGGGGGUGACAUGGGUGACAGCCUUCCAGGAGUCUGGAGAAGAGAUCCUUGGUUGCUCUGCAAAGGAGUUGAACACUAUUAAGUAUGAAGUGCAAGAUGAUAGUAGAUUCGGGGAGAUCAUUCGAUGCUGUUUGUUCGAGGAAUACAUACUGAAGUUAAAAGUCAAGGAAGAACUGUAUGGAGAUGAGCAGAAAGUGAAAAUCAGUGUUGUUAAGGCAGAGAAAGUUAAUCCCUCCCUUGAGAGCAGAUACCUACUUGACCAGAUUUCUAAGAUUUCUGUGUCAAUGUGAGAGUUCAUCUGUUCAGACAGAUUAUAGGCUGAUAGUUGUAAAGAGAUGACACCAGAAUUUGCAAAAAAAAUAUAGGCUUGAGCCCUACAAUUGGACCUUUGAGGAAUUUUAUCUCAAGUUCACAGAGGAUGAAUUGAAGUUCUAUAUGAACAAUAUUAAUGUUUCUUUUUCAUGA